CACACUUGAUUAAUUAAAAUAACUAAAGUUGUUACAGUGCACGUUAAUGAAGGGCUCGGGAUGCAUGGCUGUGUUUGGUGUCCGUAAACCUAUAAGCGUGGAUUUGUGUGAGAAGCGCGCAUCUCUCCACAGACGCACAGAAGCUCCGAGCUGGAUAUUCCGUGCGCUGGAACACUGAGACAUCUGCAGACGGUUCACACCAUCCUUUCAGGAUGGAGGUUUCGGGCAGUGGGUGGGCAGCUGAGCUCACCCCUCCGUGUGUGACACAAGCUGCAAAUGGAAACGACUCCGGACAGGUGUUUGAGGUGGCGCUGCAGAACAGCUCCUCCAAGCGCAGCCCCCAGUUUGCGGGCGUGGAGCUGCUGCAGUCUUUCAAGCUGCUCAUCAUUCCCUGCUACACCCUCGUGGCUCUGGUGGGCAUCUUUGGCAACUACCUGCUCCUCUAUGUCAUCUGCCGCACUCGCAAGAUGCACAACGUCACCAACUUUUUCAUUGGAAACCUGGCUUUCUCUGACAUGCUGAUGUGUGCUACGUGUGUCCCCUUUACGCUGGCCUACGCCUUCAACCCACACGGUUGGGUGUUUGGUCGCUUCAUGUGCUACCUGGUGUACCUCAUACAGCCAGUGACGGUGUACGUGUCAGUGUUCACCCUCACUGCCAUUGGUGUAGACAGAUAUUAUGCGACGGUGCACCCUUUGAAAAAGCGGAUCUCGGUCUUGGCGUGCACCUACCUCCUGUCUGGGAUCUGGCUGUUGUCCUGUUGUCUGGUGGCCCCGGCUGUGGCUCACACCUACCACGUGGAAUUUAAAAACGAAGGCUUCACCAUCUGCGAGGAGUUCUGGAUGGGCCAGGAGAGGGAGCGGCUGGCCUACGCCUACAGCACUCUCUUCAUCACCUAUGUCCUGCCUCUGUCGGCCCUCUGCAUCUCUUACCUGUGCAUCUCCGUCAAACUGCGGAACUGUGUCAUACCCGGCCACCACACAGAGAGCCAGGCAGAGGCUCAGCGCGUUCGCAAACGCAAGACCUUCCGUCUGGUCUCCCUGGUGGUGGCGGCAUUUGGCAUCUGCUGGAUGCCCAUCAGCGUGUUCAAUGUCCUGCGUGACAUUGACAUCGAUCUGAUCGACAAGCAGUACUUUCUACUCAUUCAGCUGCUUUGCCAUCUGUGCGCAAUGAGCUCAUCCUGCUGUAACCCUUUCCUCUACGCCUGGCUGCACGACCGCUUUCGAGCUGAGCUUCGCAAAAUGUUCACGUGCCGCCGUCGCAUUGGCAUCUCAGCCAACAACUGCGCCACAGCCAGUGUGGUGUUGUGAAGCUUUUGUGUUUUAAGCUGAAGCUGGGUACCCACACUCAUCUCAUUUUGGUAAAGCAGUGAUAACAUUUAAGGCAGUCAGAAUUAGAGCAGCCUAGGCAUAGAUGGGAUAGGUUAGGAGUCAAAUGUAUGAGUAUCCAGCUCGUACCCGGCAUCCAUAUGAUAUACAAACUAAAUUAGUACGAUACUGUCAAAAAUGUCCCUGUGUUGUUGAUCAGACAGAGAUAUAGCAUUACACUCCAGAGAUGUGCUCCAUCACUCCUCUUUUCAAACUCUCCAGGAUUGUUUAACACAAUACGAUGCUUUAGGAACAGAAAAUAAGUUUACUGGUACUGAUUUUCAAGAACAAGGGUGAUGUGCAGAGCUGUAGAGGAAUAAAGCUCAUGAACCACACCAUGAAGAGAUGGGAAAGCCUGGUUGAAGCUAGGCUGAGAAAAAAGGUGAUGAUAAGCAAGCAGCAACAUGACUUCAUGUAGAGAAGGAGCACUACAGAUGUGAUGUUUGCUUUGUGUUGUUGGAGAAGUGUAGAGAGCGUCAUGUAUGAGGACAGCGAGACAGUGGUGAGGUGUGAGGUAGGAGUAAUGGCUUCAAGGUGGGGGGGAGUGAGAUUACAUCAGGGAUCAAGUGUGAGCCCCUUCUUGUUUGCAGUGGUGAUGGGCAGUCUGGCAGAGGAGGUCAGGUCAGAGGAGUCUCUGUGGUGUCUGUGAUGCUUGCAGAUGAUAUUGAGAUAUGCAGUGAAAGUAGGGAGCAGGUGGAAGAUUUGUGACAGAAGGACAGCAGCAAGAGUGAAAAGGAAAGUUUGCAAGAUGGCAGUGAGACCUGCUGUGAUGUGUGGUUUGAAGACGUGCUACUGAGAAAAAGACAGGAGGCUGAGCUGGUGGUAGAAUUGAAGAUGCUAAGAAAGGAAUUACCAGGAGGGACAGGAUUAGAAAUGAGCAUGCCAGAGGGACAGCUCAGGUUGAGGAGUUUGGAGACAGAGUUAGAGAGAGACAAGCCUGAGAGGGUUUGACAUGUGCAAAAAAGGGAUGGUGGAUCGAUUGGACAAAUGAUGUUAAAGAUGAAGCUGUAAGACAGGAGGUAAAGAGAAAGGCUACAGAGAAAAUUAGUGUGACAGAGGAUGCUGGGGAUGAGAUGGAGGGAGAUUUGCUGUGGCGACCCCUAAAGGGAGCAUCCAAAAGAAGAAGAGAAAGAUUUACUUUUAGCAAUCUAGGAUUUUAUGAAAAUAAUAUAAAAAUAGAAUCCCAAACAUGUCCUGUUCACAUACAUACAGUAAAAUGCAAAUAUUAUAGAUUUGAUCAUCCAUGCAAGAGAAGAGGCUGAAAGCAUAAGAUUAUUGUUGUUCAGCAUCAUUUUUAAAAAUUAUGACACCUGGAAAGUAUGAAAUGUAAAGUUACUAGACUUGGUACUGGGUGAGGAACAUCUACAGUCUUUAAUAAAACAAUGCCAAAUAGAUCACGUAUAAGUUUCCAAUAAGUUAUGAAGGCUUUGAAACAUAUUUAAGAGCGCUUAAUGCUUAAUAAGAGUGCUUCACCUCUAGAGGGCGCCACAUAUAUAAAAAGUUCCACUGGCUGCAGUUUAUGUGAUCUAGGGUCAUAACAGUCAGUUCCUAAAAAGUGAGUACGAUUGCUUGCAAUGGCAUGCAAAUAUACAUUUGAAGAUAUUUCAUGAAAAUAUAUAUUCUCCAGUUUUGCGCGUGAUGGCUUUUCCCUGAGCUUUCGUGGCAUCCCAGCUUUCUCCACCCUCUCAGUUUUGAAUCCCCACAUGCCCAACUGUUACUUGGCAUAUUCACACCAAUUCGUGCAUGUUCAAGUGCUUAUUGAGAUCAACAGCUGCUGAUUGUUUGAGUGCUCACCAUAUGCCUGGACUGAUCGCUGCAGCUUGAGGUGAUUUUGUGCCAUUUAAACUGUAAAGCCUGGAAAUGUAUGUACACUUCCUUUCCCUUUUUCCGAUCAGCUUUGCAGCGCAGCUAUGGCUGCAGACUCAUUUACAUUUACAUUGCUUUAACUGCCGCGAACAACGCAAAAGACUGAGAAUAUUGUGAAAAAGCAACCACGCUCAAAUGCAAUGUUAUUGUUCUGGAUAAAAGACAGGCAGUGUGUAUAAUAAAACAUGCUAUGUAUGUUACCAUGGCUACAUUGCUUUUUCACCCUUGUGGGUAUGGAGAUAAGAAACAUAAAAUAAACCUGCCAGAAGUUGGAAGACACCGAACAUCUGGAAUCGUUAGUGCAAUUCGA